AUGAAGCUAUCAGACGCAAGCAAAGACUUCCAGUCUAUGAGAUUGACGAAAUCUGACUCAGACAUUCCUCUGCGCGCCUGUGUUUCGUCUGAUGGUAUCAGUAUGGGACAACCGCCCAAAGCCAGGAUCGGUCCUCCUUAUCAGAUAUCCAGAUCGCACGGCUCGGAAGGUAAUAUUUUCGAGUCUAAGCGGAGAACUGGAUCGACACAUAGCGUCUUGUCUUACGAAAGUCUCCAAAUGAGUCUACGACCUCCAUCAAGCAGACCGAAAUCAGGAAUGAUGAAAACCAGCUACGUGAUGAUCAACGGGUUCCCGUUCCCUCUAGAAAUUGUCUUCCCCAAAAAGAUUGCACACAGAGGACAAGAGACGUUGCAGGCACCUGGCAGGCCUGCUACACAACCGCUUCCCUCAAAACGAGACUUGCCGCGCUCGCCGUCAAAAUGCGUCCCCCACUCAUUGUUAGCGAUUCCCGAGCUCCCAGUUCCCGAGGAAAAGUCUACGAAAACCGCUGCUGAUCUGUCUCCGCAGCUGGUGUUCAACUCGCCUAGAUUGAGUACAUUUGAGGAUGGUGGUGAGGAAACAAAGAAGGAUAUCAGCACUUCGCCAAGUGGAAGUUCAGGAAUUUUUGAUGUUUGCAAACCGGCAGCUGAGGAGAAGUCACAAAAAGAGGAGCAGAAAUCAGAGGCGAAAUCCAAGCCACCAUCCAACAAGUCUAGAUCAUCCUCUCCCCGGAAACCCCUUUUCUACACCGCUACCUACAAAGACGCAAUAGAGCUGAUGAACCGGCCCCUAUUCUCGUCUGACGAGAAGGAGAACAGCACAGGCUCAAUGGUGAUGAAAAAAACAAGGAAUAGUUCCUAUGCAGGAUCUCAAAUUGACGACAGUGAAUACACGGAAGACGGGAGACAAGCCUCAGAAGAGGUCUCGCGCGAUUACAUGUCUCCCUCGCAUCUUAUGCUCUCAAGUCUCCGGGUCAUUAGCGAAGAUUUCAUUUACGCAUAG